CGGGGAAGUAGUGCGCGGUUUGUUCUUGUGACAAACUAUUUUACCGUCGUCUUCAGCGGUUCUUGUGUCUUUGUUUAUAACGCCCGUGUGAUCGGCUCGCACGUUUAGUUAAAAGUGCAUUAAAACGAAACAAUUGACUGGCUUUGUGAGACGUAGAACGGUGAAGCGUACAACUCCUUCGUGCUAGCGAAAAAGAAGAAAAAAAGCAGAAUGCAGUCUCAUAGCAAAAAGCGUGUCUGCUAUUAUUACGAUAGCGACAUCGGAAACUACUACUAUGGCCAAGGACAUCCGAUGAAGCCGCACCGCAUACGCAUGACGCACAACCUCCUGCUGAACUACGGUCUUUACCGCAAGAUGGAAAUCUAUCGUCCACACAAGGCUACUGCGGAGGAAAUGACAAAGUUCCACUCGGACGACUAUAUCCGGUUCCUUCGAUCGAUCCGCCCCGACAACAUGUCGGAGUACAAUAAACACAUGCAGCGAUUCAACGUGGGCGAGGAUUGUCCCGUGUUCGAUGGUCUGUACGAGUUCUGCCAGCUGUCGGCCGGAGGGUCAGUAGCGGCUGCGGUAAAGUUGAACAAGCAAGCGUCGGAAAUCUGCAUCAACUGGGGUGGCGGAUUGCAUCAUGCGAAAAAGUCGGAAGCUUCCGGCUUUUGCUACGUGAACGAUAUCGUGCUUGGGAUCCUGGAGCUGCUGAAGUAUCACCAGCGCGUCCUGUACAUCGAUAUCGAUGUGCACCACGGGGAUGGCGUAGAGGAAGCGUUCUAUACCACCGACCGCGUCAUGACGGUCAGCUUCCACAAGUAUGGAGAGUAUUUUCCGGGCACGGGCGAUCUUCGGGACAUUGGCGCCGGGCGGGGCAAGUACUACGCGGUGAACAUUCCACUGCGGGACGGCAUGGAUGACGAGUCGUACGAUUCGAUUUUCGUGCCGAUCAUCUCGAAGGUGAUGGAAACGUUCCAACCGUCGGCGGUGGUGUUGCAGUGCGGUGCCGAUUCAUUGACCGGCGAUCGGCUCGGUUGCUUCAAUUUGACCGUCAAGGGUCACGGCAAAUGCGUUGAGUUUGUGAAGAAAUACAAUCUCCCGUUCCUGAUGGUCGGAGGCGGUGGGUACACGAUUCGUAACGUGUCCCGCUGCUGGACGUACGAGACGUCGGUGGCACUGGGGGUCGAGAUUGCAAACGAGCUGCCGUACAAUGACUACUUCGAGUACUUUGGACCGGACUUCAAGCUGCACAUCAGCCCGAGCAACAUGUCCAACCAGAACACGACCGAGUAUCUCGAAAAGAUCAAGAACCGGUUGUUCGAGAACCUUCGGAUGCUGCCUCAUGCACCGGGCGUACAGGUGCAGCCGAUCCCGGAGGACGCCAUCAACGACGAAUCGGAGGAUGAGGAUAAGGUGGACAAGGACGAGCGGCUACCGCAGCAGGACAAGGACAAGCGGAUCGUGCCCGACAAUGAGUUUUCCGACUCGGAGGAUGAGGGUGAAGGUGGCCGCCGGGACAAUCGUUCGUUCAAGGGACAGGGACAGUCGCGCAAGCGGCCACGAAUCGAGAAGGAAGUCAAGGUGGAAGAUGUGAAGGAAGAGAAGGAAGCGAAAAUGGACACCAGUGGCGACAAGGAAGAAACCAAAGUGACUGAAGAGCCGGUCAAGAAGGAAACGACGGCUGUUGCCUGAUCGUCACUUUCGUCGUUCCGAAAGCAACCUUCCUCGUAACUAAGCCCACGAAAGAGCUUAGGGGGUAAUCUCGAGUAUUUUACGGAACAAGGGGGCGUUCGGGGUCGGGACGUUCGUAAACCAUCAUACAAAUCUCGUGCAAACGGACGUCGAUGUUAUAAAGUGAAGGAUAAACAAAUUUAUCUUGAGAGUUCCUGAUGGACUGGGUCUGAUGGCGAGCCAGCCAGCGCCCGAACCGGUCACAUGAUGCGGUGAUUUUUACUAUUUUCUUUCCAACAGAAUACAUUAUUUAAAAAGAAAACAAAACAUUGUCCCUUCGCCAAUAAUACGCGGAGUCGCGACUGAGCAUAUAUACAAAAGACUAGCCAUUUGGCCAAGGGCGAACAUGAUAUCAGACAUGUCCGGUAUCACAUAACAGCAACAACAGUAGAGCCAAUUACAAAGCGUUUUUUAAGAUUUAAGAAGUGGUGCCGAAUGUGUAUGUACGUAUGUGUAUGAUCUCAGGAAUGAUGAAAAGUAAACACACUUCCUCCCAAACUAACAAAACUACAACAAAUACCGAAACUUUCAGAUGAAACCGAUAAACUUAAUACAAAACGUACCAAUUGUAAUGUAGGAGCGGAAAGCAUAAAGCCGAACUAAUGUUCAAUAAUUGAUAAAGAAGUUUUAUCUCAUAUUCCCCAUGAUCACCAAAUUUUAUUUCGUAGCUCACUUUUGUUUCAACAGACGUUUUCAAUCCAUUUGGUGUACCGCAUUAUGUACGUUUGCAGACAUGUUAAUUAGGCCUUAAGUAAUUAAUUGGACAGGACAGAAGUCAUCUGGUAUUGGAUUGAAAACUGUGGUAGAACGGAGUAGCGACGAAGAAAAACAGAAACAAACUAAAAAAUGGACAGAGUCACGAUAAAAUUAUUAGAAGCGCACGUAUCAGACACCUUUUGCGACAAACACAUACACUUGCAUACGCGGUCAUUGAGGACCGAAUUAAGAUGUAUCACUCCUUACACGAAAUCGUAUCGGAUGCGGCGAGGCGUUUAGGAAUAGAAAGCGGUAGGGUAAAGCUAAUCAAUUUAAACCGUGGACAGGUGAGGAGCUUUGCGAAGAGGCAGAGCUUAUCGUUUCUGAUGCAAUUAAGUAAAAGUAUUACCAGGUAAAUACAUGUGAGUUGCAGAUUUUCAAACGAA